UAUUUUCACAGUUUAAGGAAAAAUUCCAACAAAAAAUUCUUUCCAAUAUUAAUUUGAAAGUUUUUAUUACUAGAGUAGUUUUUCAUAUUCUAUUUGAUAUGCUCAGUUUCAUAUUUAUUACAUUUAGAUUGAGUUAUGACAUAAUAGCAUACAUUUUCAAUACAUUAAGUAUCAAUGGACAUAUAUAAUGAAUUAUAUUUCACGAGCAUUUAUAAAUACUCCUCGUGUAUGAUUUGUGACAAGUACAAAUGUGAACUAUUAUAUUUAGAAUGUGGCAUUUUUACGUGCAUGUUAAAAAUUUUUUAAUAUUGUUUCUUAUACUAAUAAAUGAAGAAAGUUUAGAUGAAGUUAACAGACAAUAGAAUAUAAUUAAGCGAAAGAAAAUAUUUUUCUUUAUGUACUUAUAUAUAUAUAUAUAUUAUGUAUGUAUAUAUAUAUAUAUAUACUAUCGAAAUGCGCGAUAGAUUUAUUAAACAUCAAAUAUACGAUAUACGUAUGAAACGCCACAUUCUAGCGGCAAAAAUUGAAUAAUGAAGAUUUAAUACGAUAUUCAAAUAAUUUGUAACGUAAAAACAGCUAUUUUACAAUGUGAUAGUAUAAUAUACAUUUUUUGUAAGCUGUAUGUUAAAAAAGAGUUUAAAUUUUUCAUGAACUGCGAAAGUCACAUGGUAUGGUCCAUGAUACUUUUAUAACUAAAACUUCAGUUAUUAUUUUUUCUUUUUCUUUGAUUUUUUUCUCUCUUACAUUGCAAUGCAAUAUACGUGAGACAAGUCUUACAGAUGAUACUGUGACGGCUUCAAUAAUCAAUUAUAGAAACCUAAACCUAAAUAGUUAACUUUAAAUUCGAAUUUCGAAUAAACGCAAGAACACAAAAAAAUAAAACUCUGAGGCUGUUAAUAGAAAAAAUGCAACUAUGUAUUAUGUUUCACAUUAUUUAGUUCUCAAUUUCUAAGCAGAUUUUGAUCAUACUUUUGUAAAUAGUGUAACAUUACUCCGUUUAUAAAAUAUUUAUAUAAUACACCUUAUAAUGAUUAUAUAAUAAAAGAGGAAAAAAUAAUGAUUAAAUAUUAAUUCUAUACAGUGAUAAAUAUGACAAAAUAUAAAGAUAAUAAAAAUUUAUAUAUUUUAUACUUCUCAAACAUUGAUAAAGAAAUGUGAUUUGCAUUGUAAUUAAACUGGACGAAUCGGGAAAUUCGCUUCUGUGACUUGUAUUACUUAUUACAGGUCAAAUUUGUUUAUCCUAGCAUCAUUUUUAAUAAAUAUUAAGCUAUGAAAGACUUAUUUUUUCUAAAAUCAUAUCGGAUCGUUAUAUAGAUUCUAUGUUAUUUUUUUUCUUUUUUUUAUUUGUAUUUGAUAUUGAAAGAAUCACGAAAGGCGGUGAUAUCUUUAAGUAAUUGGGAUUAUUAUCUCAAAUUAAAAACUUAAUUAUCGAUAUUUUCUAUAUUUUUAAUAUUAAAGUCUUAUCGUAUAAUCUAUAUUAUGUUGAACAAAUAUUAAUAAAAAUUACAAAAGUAUUUAUCCAUAUACAUAUAUGAUAUGGAAAACAUUUUCUACAAUUUUUUUUAUAAUAUUAAUUUCUUCCUAUGGAAUAUUUGCUUUCGAUUAUUACGGUAGAUAAACUGUUUCUUUAAUCCCGCUAAAUAUUUCUUAAAAAUGUUCAUGUCAUUUUAAAUAUAUACUGCUAUGUAAGCAGGUUAUGAAAAGACUGAUAGUCUUUUCUAUAGAUUUCACGAUAUAUUCUUUAUAAUAUAAUGUAAUCAUAUGUUCAAAAUGUUCUGCGGUUUACUUUCGAGUAUUUUCAAAACUCGCAGUCAUAUUUGUUAUGCAUAGAAAUAAAAUAUCAUAAGCGUGAUAUAAAAAUGUAAAAAAAAAUUGCAAAAAAAAAAAAAUAAUUUGUAACUUUGCAACUGACAAACACAGUUUAAAACUGUUACAUGUUAAUAUUUACAGUUUAUUGAUACGUAAAAACGAUAGAAAUAUUUGUAUAGGGAUAUACAUAUUAUAGGAUCCAGUUAUUAAGCCGUUCAUUAUUCAAUUAUAUGUGCUUCAAUGUAUCACCGUCAUGAACGAAUUUUCUGAAUCAUUGAAAUGUUUUUACGUCAUGGUUAGUAUAGUUAAUUCCAAUUAUAUGUAUCGCAACGAAAUUGUAACAUGAAGAUUUUAUUACUCUUUAGUACGUCUUUCCAAACAGAAGAAGUACAAGUAAUAAGAUUUCGUUACAUUAAUGUCUUAAAUUCUAAGUACAUUUACGUUGCAUACAUGUACAUAGUAUGUAUACACGAUUAUGACAGCAUCCGAUUAUUCGUAUUCAAUUUCAUUUAUCAUUAUCAAUUAAAUUAAGCUCAUUUUGUAUAUAUCUCAAUGUAAUUUUCAGCGAUUUCAUUAAAUUUACAUCAUUUUAAUUAUACAAUGUUUAUUUUUUCUGCGAAAUUACAAUAUUUUUCACAAUAAAAAUAAAUUAAAAUAAGUUUUAUAACAUUUGUAAUUUUUUAUCUAUCCAAAGACAUAUGCUUCAUCCUGUAUAAACUAGCCAUAUAUAAUUUGAUUGGAGGAAUCAAAAAAAAAUAAUAGUGAUGAUGAAAUUUAUUAGACUUAUUAGAAAUGAAAAUGGGAGAAAUGUUCUAUUUACAUUAUGUUAUUAAGAUAAUUUUUAAACAAUAUAAUAUAGAAUUAUUCUUUCAUUUUUAAUUUUGUUAUCACUUUUCCUUCACUUUUUCAAUGAUUAGACUUUACCUGUAAAUUUAUAUAUAAGUCGACAUUCCAUGAGUACGAGUUUUUACGCAAUGAAAAAGAAAUUGUAAUGUGGUAACGAAAAGUUUUAUAGAACAAUACAAGAAAUAAUCCCUUCCUUUGUUUAGCGAUGCUAUAUGAUUUUUUUUAUACAUAUUAUAUAUAAAUAUAUUUUCUGCCAAUACGCAUAUUUCUAACCUUCUUAAUGUUUCUUAUUGAAAUCAACCAAUCAAACCUGCAUUCCUUUCAAAGAAUUUUUUAUCAGUUAUAAAUAUAUAUACGAUUUGUCACGAACAUUAUGUUUAAUGUAAUUAUCAUAUUAUUUAACAGGAAAUAAUUAAAUAAAUAAUAAAUUGGUUUAUGUUAUAAUUUUAACUAUGGUUUCAUUAACAAAUAAGGAGAAUCAAAAAUCACAUGUAUUAAUACCGGUUCUUCUUAGUGUUUGUGCAAUUCCAAUUUCUAUGUUAUUUUGGCUGAUAAAUGUAAUUUAUUCAGUUUUUUAUUCGGAUACUAAAAAUCAUUUAGAAGAAUAUCUGGUUAUUUCACCAUGGAGAUGGUUAAUUGCAGUCUUGUUUCCAAUUUUCAUGGCAUUUUGGGGUUGGAAAAAAAAGAGCUUGAACAUUAGUGGUGCUAUUUCAGGAUUAUUUGUGGGCUUCAUUCUGACACUUACUAGUUUUGCUCAUGUAGCUUGUCUCUUUUCAUUUUUUGUUACCUCUUCUAAAGCAACAAAGUUUCGCUCUCAUGAAAAAAAGAAGCUUGAAGCACAUUUUGAAGAAAGUUCACAAAGAAGUUGGGUUCAUGUAUUAUGUAAUGGUGGCAUGGCAACACAAUUAGCACUUUUAUAUUUAUUAGAUGUAGGAUGUCAGGAACGACCAAUUGAUUUUGACAAAUAUUAUAGAAGUUCUUGGUUGUCAAUAGGAAUUUUAGGAGCCAUAGCAUGUUCCAAUGGAGACACUUGGGCUUCAGAAAUUGGAUCAGUUAUUGCUAGUAAAGAUCCUUUUCUUAUUACUACUCUUAAAAGAGUUCCAAGAGGUACAAAUGGUGGUAUUUCCUGGGCAGUUGUGCUACAAUUAGCAACAUCACAGUGGCCUGUUAUUAUUAUUGGAGGAAUUGGAGGUUUUAUUGGUAGUGUAAUAGAUUCUGUUUUAGGAGCUACAUUACAAUAUUCUGGAAUAAAUGAAAAAGGAUUUAUAGUAGAACAUCCUGGAAAAGGUGUGAAACAUAUUAGUGGUAGACAAAUUUUGGACAACCAUAGUGUAAAUCUUUUUUCUACAGUCAUUAUCGGACUUUCAUUACCUGGAAUAGCAAAAUUAAUCUUAUAAUAGAUUAGACUUAAUAGAUUAGACUUAACUAAAUCAUAUAUAUAUAUAUACAUAUAUAUAUAUAUAUAUAUGAUAAUGAUAUUGUUAAAUAUCAGG